UUUACGUAAAUGUAUAAAUUAGAGGCUUACCCUCUUAUUCUUUAGACGAAGCAAACAUUUGCUAUCACUUUUCUCUGAGAAGAUUAGUAUUAAUAUACAUAUAUACACAGGAAAAUGGCUGCAAGAACUCUCGUUUCUCUACUAGUUAUUCUUCUUGGUUUUUCUCACCUGACAUGCUCUAAUGCCAUCCCACUUACAAGGAAUGAAAGACUGAUGCAGGGAAUCCAGGUUCAUCUUCCUCCAGGAACCAAUAAUCUGGCAAGAGCUGAGAGUAUCUGGGAGGCUCAAACUAUUCCUGAAAGAGUGGAUGUGGAGCUUCAUGACUAUCCUGGUUCGGGUGCUAAUAAUCGCCACACUCCAAAGCCCCAAGGGAAAUGUGCCGAGUGUUAGUCUUCUCUCUAUAAAUAUAUAUAUAUAUAUCUAGUAUUGGAUAAUACUCUGUUAUGGGCCUUUUGUAACAAGAUUUUUCUUCUUUGUCACUCAAUUAAGUUGAUUAAGAAGAUGGGAUAAAUGGUAAUGAGAAUAGAUAUAUAGUAGGUGAAAUAAUGGUAAGCAAAUGUUUAGUUGUAUUUAUGGCUAAAUAUACAGCUAGAUAUAUUGGUUACUAUUAUUAAUAGUAGGAAAAUAUGUAGUUGUAUGGCUAAACGAGGGAGAGAAAGUGGGACAUUUCAUGGAUUACUAAUUUGGAGUGAAUGUUGUUCUAUAUGAGUAUGAGAGCUCUAUGCAAAUUUAUACUCAAUUUAGCUAUAAAUUUGUAUUAAGUUUCUCAAAGUAUGAAUACAAUUAUUAUCUAAUGGGAUGUAUGUUUACCCUAUA